AUGCUGGCGUUCAAACUGCUCUCGCUCGCACUGCAGUCGACUUCAAGCAUCUUUUCGAGCAAACCCAAGGCGGAAUCUGAUCUCGAAGUGGCGUAUUACGAUCCCAAGGUCAAUGGAGGGUCGAUGUUAGACAACGCCGGAAGCGGUGGCGGCGAGCCUUUGAACGUCAUCAUAUCUGGACACAGCUCCCCCGAGGUGCUAACCGACGACGGGUUCCUCAAUUAUGCCCAAGCAAUUGGCUUUUCAUUUGAAUGUCUUCACCAACACCUCGGGGACCCUCAAUCCGCCAAUCUCGGCGACGGCAAUGGCUGGGUCAACCAAACAAUCGAGCUUCGCUGGGACUUCGGCAGCGCGGACAUAGGCACCUGCUUGGAAUCGCUCGUCGGGGGAAACCAUUUUAGGCGAGGCUCUACUUGGCUUGGAUCCAGCGAACAAAGUAUCUCACGCCGACCAUGUAGGGGCCCCUCUCUUACAAUCGGUGAAUAUGCGUCUAAUCUAUAUGUUUCAUUGGGCAGGGUUUCUCAAGAAGAGGAUGUGUUUGACGGACAUACGAUUGUGGUCGAUGGAUAUACGAAGGGCCGUGACCUUCUAGUUGCAGCAGCUGUGGGGAAGACAACCCAUCAUCGGGUGAAGUAUCGGACGACGGCGCAGAACAUUACCAAUCUGCUUCCUGCUGGGUCUGAGGGUGUCAAUCAUGGUAUUGCGACAGAUGGGGUCACCGUGUUGCUCACUGUUACGAUAACGUAA